AUGGGCAAAUCUCUAUCUCGAGCUUUGACGGGGAUCAUUGUGUUCGCCUAUGGCCUAUUCACAAUCGCCCUCUACUCGCUAUCAUCCUUAUCGAAAGGGACCUACUUCAAACGGCCCACAGAAAAAGAGAAGUUGGAGUUACAGCUCGCUCGUGAUCGCUUGUGGAAUCUAUCAAAGGACUUCGAAGGUCUUUCCCAUCACCUCUUGACCCUGCAGAGCGGAUUCAAGUUUCACUUCCUGAGCAACGAUACUCCAAACACCCCGGAAACCAUUGACUCUGGGAAGCCGUUGGUCAUCUUUAUCCAUGGAUUCCCUGACAGCUGGGCCAUUUGGCGUCACAUCGUCAAGAACCCAACUCUACAGAAGGCCGUGUCGAUCGUCGCCAUUGACCUUCCUGGAUAUGGAGGAACCGACAGCCUGGAGAAAUACAAUGCGACCAACGUGUUGGAGAAGCUGACUGAGCUCAUUGUGACUCUGCGAACACAGUAUGGUGUGGACACAGAUGUCGAGAGCAACAAGAAGAAGACCGUGAUCGUUGCUCAUGACUGGGGUUGCGUCUUGUCCAUGCGACUGGCCGCUGAAGCUCCAUCUCUGGCCCAUCGCUUCAUCUUGUCCAACGGACCUUCGAUGAAAUUGGUCGAAUCAAACAUCCGGCGUCUGCUAUUCUCAUCCAACAAGAUGCUGGGCAACGCCUGGCGCAACCCUCUUCAAGCCCGUGCUCCCCUCACGCAGGCACUGCGAACUAUUUCCCCUCUGCUGCGUCAAAUCUUCCUCUCCGGCUACAUUUUCGCCAUGCAACUCCCCAUCCCGCUCGUCAACUACUUCCUGACUGGGGGUAAUCUGUCACUCUUGAGAGGCAUCCAUAUCAAAUCGCACGGCACGGCCGAGUUCAGCGCCCAAGACAAAGCCGAAAGCAUGGCGAGCAGUAUGGGCCCAUCUGUCGCGGAAUCCAAGACCAAGACUGCCAAUGGUGACUCCUACCCUGACACCCUACAAGACGAGCGCGCAUUCGCGCACAUCAUCCAUAUGGCAAACUACUACCGCCACCAUGCUUCCACGGCGCGCUGGACCAAGUCCAUUGAAACCGUCGCCAGUCUUCACAGCAUCACACCAGGCGCCGGACGCGCAAGCAGUGGCGCGGGUCUCUUCAACGAAGGACCCCCAGGGGCUCUGAAAGCUAGCACGACAGUUUUCUGGGGUAAGGAAGAUCUUGCGCUCGAUCCUAGAAUCUGUCUUGACGGUAUGAGUGAUUUCCUGGUGCAAGGGUCGCAGGUGGUCCUACUUCCCCGGACGGGCCACUGGACUCCGGUCGAGGUAGAGAGUCGGGCGGCUCUGAUCAAGGCUGUAGAGUGGACUGUUCAGGGAGAGAAGGGGGAUAUCGGGGCUGCUCUGGAGACUUCAUAUCCCGGUGUGCAGGUGACAUUUUCGCGAUAA